AUGACUGACCAGGACUAUGAUGACUUUGAUGACUUAGAUGAUUUACUGGAUGAGGACCCAUCCAAGUUAUAUCUUUCUGAAGAAUCAGAUAUUAAAAAGAAUUCUGAAGCCUUGGAUGAUCCUGUUAAAACUGAUGCUACUGGAGACUCAAGUACUGACACUGGAAAGGCAUCAGAUACCUCUCAGGAACUGAAAACUAUGGUAGAGCAGUUGCAAAGUGAAUUUAAUGGUUUAAUGGUGAAGGAUCCAAAUAACCUUAAUGAAGAAAUUGUAGAUAGCUUCAAGGAACUGAUGGGAAUGUUGAACAAUACUACAGCACGUUCUGGAACUUUAGAUAAAGACGGUAGCAACAGUUCAGGUACAGACAGUAAACAGUCUGUAAUGAAUAACGGUGAUUUCAAAAACAUCGUCCAGUCAACUUUACAUAAAAUUAGAGAGAAUGGCAAUAACGUCGAUGAUGAAAUAAAAGAAGAGAAAAAGAAAGCAACAGAGGCUGGUAUGAAUAACCCAAAUAUUAUUCAAGAUACUUUAUUAAAUAAAAUGUUUUCAGAACUGACGGCUUCAGGAAUGGAUGAGAAUAUUGAUGACACAAUUUUGAAACUAUUAACCGAGAUGUCUAACAAAGAUAUAAUCUAUCAACCAAUGAAAGAUUUAUAUGAAGAGUAUGAGGAGUUUUUUGAAGAGUAUGGUAAAUUCGAGGUAGGUACAGAGAAGGAUGACAUCAAAAUCAUACCAGCUGAACAAAUGGCCAGAUAUAGAAACCAGAUGGAAGUAGUGAAAAACCUAAUAGCCUUAUUGGAAUUGGAUGAUUUCAAUGACACCACGCAUAAAUCCCAAGUUAGUGACUUCUUAGAUGAACUGGAGAGGCUGGGAGAAUCUCCAAUGUCUAGUAAAUUCAUGAAAGACCUAAAAGGCGACACAACGAAAAGCAGCAACGAUACUUCUUUACCAGAUCUAGAUAAAUUAGACCUUGAAAAUAUUGAUUUGAAGGAUAUAGAGAAAGAAAUGCAAGAGUCUUGUCCUCAACAAUAA